CCGGAAGUGUUUAGGUAGCGCUAUAGAAGCAGAAGUCUGCGUUAAUCCAAACAGCGAGCCGACUGAAGGGCUUUCCUCCCUACGGGGACAGCAUGGCGUUCAUAACAGCCAACUGGAAUCCUCUCGGCAAGGCGUUUUACAGGAAAACUGAGUUGUAUGAGAUGGGGUGGAAUUUGCGUGAGGGACUCAAAGACUGUCUUGUGGCCGCUGCCCCCUAUGGAGGACCGAUAGCACUACUAAAGGAGCCUCAAAGACGUUCUCCUAGCAGUCGUCCUCAGCUGGAGAUUUACUCAUCAUCUGGUGUCGCCAUGGCCAGCUUCCUGUGGAAGAGUGGACCUGUGGUGCAGCUGGGCUGGUCGGUUUGUGAUGAGCUGUUGUGUAUUCAGGAGGACGGGACGGUUCUCAUAUAUGACCUGUUUGGAUCCUUUAAGAGACACUUCAGCAUGGGACAGGAGGUAGUCCAGAGUCAAGUGUUGGAGGCCAAAGUUUUCCAUUCACCCUAUGGAACUGGGGUUGCCAUAGUAACAGGAGCCUCCCGCUUCACCCUGGCAACAAACAUUGACGACCUAAAACUGAGGCGACUACCUGAGAUUCCAGCCCUGCAAGGGGCACCAUCCUGCUGGGCUGUACUGACUCAGGAUAGACAGACCAAGGUUCUGCUGGCCAAUGGAACUGACCUUUUCAUACUAGAUAACACUUCCUGUACAGCUGUGACUCCCCCUGGACUGAGUCCUCAAGUCAGCAGUAUUGUCCACAUGGCCGUGUCCUUCAGCUACAAAUACCUGGCCUUGUUUACAGACACUGGACACCUGUGGACAGGAUCUGCCCACCUUCAGGAUAAACUCAGUGAAGUGGACACCAAGGUCAGGACUCCACCAAAACAAAUGGUCUGGUGUCGUAGACCCAAGAGUCAGCAACCAUCUGUGGUGUUAAUGUGGGAUCGGCUGCUCCUGGUGGCAGGAGUCUGUACUGACACCAUUCAGUAUCCUCUGGAUGAAGAGUGUGUGUGUGUUGGGGAGUUGGAUGGAGUGCGGCUCAUAGGAGGCUCUCGUCAUGAGCUCUUGCAGGAGGUGCCAGCUGUCUGUGAGGAGAUCUUCAAGAUUGCCUCCAUGGCCCCAGGAGCACUGCUACUGGAGGCCCAUAAGGAGUAUGAGAAGUCCAGUCAGAAGGCAGAUGAGUACCUGAGGGAGAUCAAGGAGCAAAGCAUGCUGGGAGAGGCUGUUCGACAGUGUGUGGAGGCAGCGGGACACGAACAAGACUCACAAACUCAGAAGGCUCUGCUCAGGGCGGCGUCAUUUGGAAAAUGUUUCCUGAACACCUUCAGUCCAGACACCUUUGUCUCCAUCUGCAGAGAUCUGAGAGUCCUGAAUGCUGUGAGAAAUUACACUGUGGGAAUGCCGCUCACACACACACAAUAUAAGCAGAUGACGGUGCAGGUGUUGAUUGACAGGCUAGUGUAUCGUCACUUUUAUCCUCUGGCCAUAGAAAUCUGUCAGUACUUAAAGAUACCAGAGUACCAGGGAGUCAGCAGAGUGCUCAAACACUGGGCCUGUUGCAAGGUGCAGCAGAAGGAGGAGUCAGAUGAUGUCAUAGCUCGAGCCGUCAGCACCAAACUGGGGGAGACUCCAGGAAUCUCCUUCUCUCACAUCGCCUCAAAGGCCUACACCUGUGGCCGCACUGAGCUGGCUAUCAAACUGCUGGACUAUGAGCCUCGCUCUGGGGAGCAGGUUCCUCUGCUGUUAAAGAUGAAGAGGAGUCAGCUGGCUCUGAGUAAAGCUAUAGAGAGUGGAGACACUGACCUGGUAUACACAGUAGUGAGUUUUCUGAAGAAUGAGAUGAACAGAGGGGAUUUCUUCAUGACGCUACGUAACCAGCCAGUAGCCCUCAGUCUUUACACACAGUUCUGUAAAUUGCAGCAGCAGGAGACUCUGAAGGAUCUCUUUAACCAGGACGAUGAUCACCAGGAACUAGCUAACUACCAUGUAACGGCUAGCUACAGAGAGAAGCGUUUGGAGUCUCGUCUUUCUCUGCUACAGACAGCUGUAGAUGAAUACAACAAGGCCAAGAAUGAGUUUGCAGCCAAGGCCACAGAAGAGGAGAUGCGCCUCCUUCGCUUCCAGAAGAAGCUAGAUGAGGAGAAAGGGGCGGGGCUACUGGGACUGUCUCUACAGGCCACCAUGGAGGCGCUGUUGGCCUCUGGUCUCCACAAGCAGGCAGAACAACUCUACAGAGACUUCAGAGUGCCCGACAAGAGGUAUUGGUGGUUGAAGUUGAGGUCUCUGGCCGAGAAGGAGGAUUGGGAGGAGCUUGAGAAAUUCGCCAAGAGCAAGAAGUCUCCUAUUGGCUACCUGGUCUUUAUAGAAGUGUGUGUAAAACAUCACAAUAAGUAUGAGGCCAAGAAGUACAUUUCAAAGGUAACACCAGAGCAGAAGGUCAAAGCUCACCUGGCUGUUGGUGAUCUGGAGGGAGCAGCGGAGGCAGCCAUAGAGAGGAGGAGCGAAGCAGAGAUCGGGAUGGUGUUGGCCCAAUGUUCUGCCUCCACUGACCGCCUUCUCAUAGACAGACUCAACCGGGCCAGAACCACCACUGGAAAAAAAUGAUCCUCUCUCCAAACCAGAACCGUUGCUUCAUAAAAGUGAAUCCUCCAUCUGAAGUCGAGUGAAAAGAAGCUCAGGCUGAGCACUGCCAUAAGAUAAACACGGCCUUCAUCUUCCUCUCUACAGCGCAGUAUAAGUACCAGUAUAGAUCCAAACACAUCUGUCUAAAGAAUAAACAUGUUGUCAGUCUUUGACAAACA